AUGGCAUUAUAUCAUCACACCCAUAAUGAAACCUCAAAAUAUGUGGAACCAUUUUUGCCCCCACUGUCACCUUUUAUCCGUGAUUUUGUUCUAGAAGCAGACAGCUGGAGAAAAUCUGGAAAACAGGAAUGUGCCCAAGUCUUCCGGAACCAAGAUAAUCAUGUUCUCGUAGCACAGCCAGCUUGUGAAGAUCUCCCUGCAGUAUUUGAACACAUAACAGACCAGGAAAUUCUGGAAGUACCAGGAAUCAAAUUUGACAUCCACAGUUACCAAGACUCUAAGCCAACAGGACUGUCAGUGGUCUUCACUGUCGAAUGGGAUCACAAAACUUACCAUAUGUAUGUGGAGAAAGGAGAAAACAGAAUGAAGGUGAAAUUUAAGGCAGGAGGCGUUCCCCAACACAUCGAAGGAGACACCAGCAACAUCAUCUUCAUCAAAACACGGUUUUCCGAUGGCAGCAGGCAGUUUUUCAGGUUUGAAUCUGCCCUGGAACGUGGCUACUUCCUGGCCUUUGAGUGGGAUGAAGGUAGCAGUGCAACCAAGCUGGUGGCCAAGAAAGUAGAGCUCACGGACGAAGUGGAUGAAUCAACAAAGCUGCACCACUCCUCGCCUCUCUGAUAAGGAAAUACAAGUAAAAAAUAAACUUGACUGCAAGCAGUAAAAAAGGGGCAGGUUUUAAAGGAAUAGUUGAUUUAGCUUUACUGGAAUUGCUAGAAAGUUUAUUACAAAAUUGCUGAUUAAUUCCCCUGGCUUGAUAUUUGAUAACUUAUCAAAUAGCAAGUGAAGAACAAGUAGAAGUGCCUAAUUAACAGUAUCUAUAAUUUGGUGGUGUAAAUUAAAAAUAAUUGUACUAAGGAAAGCCACAUGAAUACCCAGUUUUGCAAGGAAUUCUGAUCCCAGUUGAUUAGCAAUAAAUGAAAAUUAGGUAAUAUCCAAACAGAAAACGCUAGAUAAAUCUAAUGGAAUCUUAACAUUUUAAACUUUCUUGUCUCUGCUUAUUCUAAUGGACUAUUUUUUAAAUUGAGACGUUUUAUUUUUAAUAAAAAUUAAAAUCAAUCCAGAA